AUGGGAAACAUAACCAAGAAAGGCAGCAGGGAGCUGGUCACUGACGGGGCCAAGUCACUGGAAGACGGCCCACUGGUCAUGCUUCACACUAAGCUCUAUGAAGCCAUCAUGAGGGAAGACUGCACUUCCAUCCAGGCACUCCUGAGGUGCCAUCCUGUCAACCAGCCUAUGACCAUUCUGGCCAACUCCACCAGCUACAGGUUACUUCUGAAUCAGACACAGUCCAUCAUCCCCAUUCACCUGGCUGCUGAAUACCGCAAGGCACAAAGUUUGCUUUGUCUGUUAGAACAUGGUGCCGACCCAGAAGUCAGAGACACAAGAGGCCUGACCACACUGCACCUGAUGCUACUACACUGGCCAAUCACUUCAACCACGUGGACAAAACCAGGGGACAGAAUCCAAAGGAUCCUGACCGAUAUUCAGAACAACGCUGUAACGUGUCUCCGCAUCUUGUGUGAACACGGGGCUCAAGUGAAUGCUCGAGUAGACAAUAGUAACAAACACUCACCCCUCCACCUGGCCAUAACAUAUGGGACCUAUCCAGUUCUUUCCAUUCUGGCCCAAAACGGGGCCCAUGUCAAUGCUAUUAAUGAAUCAGCCAUGACGCCCCUUCACAUGGCUGCAGAUAUACUGAAUAAGGAGAUGAUAGAAACGCUAAUUGCCUGUGGAGCAAACAUUAACUGUACUGUCUCUUCUACGGGGAACACAGCCCUUAAGCUGGCGGUGUGCACUGCAUCAAGCAAGGCAGGCCGACUGCUAGCAGCAGGGGUGAGCUGCAUCCGUCUGCUGCUUAUUCACGGAGCCAAAGUAAAUGCCCAGGACCACGAAGGUCAAACGGCUAUCCAUGAGGCUUGUUUUGGAGGCAGAGAGGCAAUAAUCAAUCUCUUGCUUGAAUUUGAAGCAAAUGUCAAUAUCUUAACAAGAAACGGGGAAUCUCCAUUAUAUAUGUACCUUCAGCGCAGUUCCAACAUAAGAGACACGGCUCUGCUGGCCAGUCUGCUAUAUCGCUCUUACCCUCUGAGACUGACCAACAACCAAGGGAUCCUGCCUGCAGGGAUCAUGCUACCAGAAUUCUACCUCUUAAGGGAAACUCUAGUAAAGUUAGCUCAAAAACCCUUGUCCCUAGAGGAUAUCUGUAAAAGAAACAUCAGAAAUAUUUAUGGAGAGAAAUACAAACAACACUUGAAGCAACUUCUCCCAGUGAAGCUAUGGAAUUCUGUAUAUCAUUAUCAUGACUUGGCUUACCUCUUGAAAUAA